AUGUCUGAUCCAGAUACCGAAAUUGAAAAACAAGCCGUAGAUAAUCAGCAAGAUGCUAGAGGCGCAGCGGCACAACCAACGAAGAAAAAACCUUCACCAUCAACAAUUCCGAAAGUUGUAAUCAGCGAGACUGAAGACGAAGCCAACAUCCCGAGUACUCAACGAAUUCAGCACAUCAAGACGAGAUACUCGGAGGUGAUAGGGCUGAAACCCGCUGCAGGUCUCACUGUGCAUCAAGAGAUUUUACUGAGGCAGCUAAAGUUCAGAGUGGAGAGCAUCACCCACAUUUAUAAGGAGCUCACCACCACGAUCAUAAAUGACGAGGACGUCACCGUGGAAGAGCUGGAUGAACAGAAAGAAAUCCUUGAGACCUACUGGGCAGAGUUUCACUCACAGCAGGAAGGCGUAAUCGAAUAUCUCCCUCACGAUCAUUCCUACUUGACUGAAGGAAUCUUCGAACCGACAGCUGCCACAAAGGAGCAAAGUAUAAAGCUCAUCAGUAAGCUGAAAGGUCGGCUGUCGAAGAAAACUCAACCAGCAAGCAAUUCACCAGGCCAAGAACACCCAGACAAGCUCAAACGUCUGGAUUUGAAGGCUUUCGACGGCACCCCAUCCCAGUGUAAGGAAUUCAGAGAUCUCUUCACCUCGCUGGUCGGUAGCAAAUCAACAAUCGCACCAGUGGAGAAGUUGAUUAGGCUCAAAAGCAGCCUCAGAGGACCUCCAGCUACUCUCAUAUCGACAUUGGACAUCAACGACCAGAAUUAUGAAAAGGCUUGGCAAAAGCUCAAGGCGAAAUACGAUGAUCCAAGAUUGGUGGCUCAGUACCUGUUCAAUCGAAUACUGGAGCUACCAAAAAUCACCAAGGCCACUCAGGAGAAACUCAACCACAACACAGCAGCAGCAGUCGAGUCGCUAGACCAGCUACGAGAGGUAGUCGGUCUCUCAGAUGCGAACUUAAUUGAACAGAUGAUCGCCCACCUGCUGAGGAGAUCAUUAGAUGCAGAAACCCUCAAGCAGUGGGAAUUGAAACUGGGAGACUCCAGAGACUUUCCCAGUCUGAAGGAAUUCGUCGGAUUCGUCGAAGCCUGCGGCAGAAGAAUCAACGCAGGAUCAGAGCUUCAUGCAACACAGGAAACCAACAUCGCCGACAGGAAAUCACUGAAGAAGAAGAAGAGCUCUUACGCAGCAGCUACUCAACAAGACAGCAACGCUGAGAGGCUUCUUCCGAGAAACUGUUGUGCCAUGUGUAAGGAAAAACAUUUUAUCUCCGAGUGCCAGAAAUUCAGGGAGUUGCCUCCAACAAAGGUAGCACCGAUCAAGCGCAUGACUAUUCCAAGAUUAGAGCUUACAGCAGCUCUCUUGUUAACACAACUAGUAGCCUCAACACAGAGGAUGCUUCAGCUCGAUCAUCCAGAAACUCAUCUUUGGUCGGAUUCAGCAGUAACACUCGCUUGGAUCAGAAGCCACGCAUCAAGGUGGAAAGAUUUCGUCCACAACAGAGUGGUCAAGAUCCAGGAAACUCUCCCGAAUGCCAUCUGGAGACACGAUCCUGAAGAGUGGCCACAAUCAACAAUUGACGGUCCAGCAAUGGACAUCUCAGAGGUGGCCAAGGAAGCGAAACCAGCACGAGCACAUCCAGUUGCACCAAAAGUCAACGAACUUGCUGAGCUACUCACCAGGUACAGCUCGAUGGCUUGGCUUCUAGCAGUAAUAGCGACUAUCAACAGGGCAAUCGACAGAUUCAGGAGACUGCCGACGCCCCCGGGACCAAUCCUGUCAACAAGAGAACUCAACGAAGCGAGAUUAUUCUGGAGAAAUCAACAGCUACCACGAGGUCACCAAUUAGCAAAGCUCACACCAACCCUAGACGAGUUGAACAUCAUGAGACUUGGGGGACGCCUGAAGAACUCAGACCUACACCCUGAAGAGACACACCCAAUAAUCUUGCCACGUCAGUCGAGAUUCACCACACUGGUGAUCGAAGAAGCUCAUCGCAGAACCCUCCACGGAGGGACUCAACUCACGCUGGCCUACACCAGGCAAAGGUACUGGAUAAUCGGUGGCAGGGGUACAGUCAGAGCGUACAUUCUGCGCUGUGCUAUCUGCACCAGACACCGAGUGAAGCAGGCUCAACAACAGAUGGGUCAGCUGCCUGCAACCAGAGUAUCACCAUCCAGAGCAUUUCUUCACACAGGGGUGGAUUAUGCAGGUCCAUUCCAGAUCCUGACGUGGAGACCAACGAAUGCACAGCCAGGACAGUUGCACAUUGCAGUUUUUGUGCGCUUUACAACUUCAGCAGUUCACCUAGAACUCGUCAACAGGCAGACCACGGAAGCCUUCCUAGGAGCCUACAAGAGAUUCACCGGAAGACGGGGCAUUCCAGCUGUCAUGUACAGUGACAAUGCCACCACGUUCACCAGCGCAGCAGAAGUUCUAGAAAGGCUCUAUCACCAAGCUUCCAGAGAAAAUCAACGAAUUCAGGCUGCUCUCGCCACCAAUGGGACACAAUAG